UCCGACAUCCAGACCUUACCGAGAGGAUUUCACUGUAAACUGUGUGAUGUUCAAAUCCCCAACGGGCCGACUUUAGAAGCGCACAAGAAGGGGAAGAAGCAUCAGAACCUGUGCAGGCUGCGCUCCAAGAGGAAAGCUCAGGAGCAGAACAGCGUCUACGUCAGCGGCUUCAAACCCAACGUAUCCACGUGUGACCUGACGGAAUAUUUCCAGCAGUUCGGACCCGUGGCUGAGGUCAUCGUGGACAAGGAGCGGAGUCUGUAUGCCAUAGUGGAGUUUGUGGAGACUGCGAGCACCGAGGCAGCGUUGGCUCAGCUGCAGCACCGUCUGGACGGAUUGAAGCUCCGUGUCAAACCCAGAGAGAAGAAGGGGUUCAAGUUGGCCAGCAAAGAAAAACACGACCAUGGCAAAGCUCACAUCAGCUUGGAGAAGCUCAACUUUGAACUCUGCCUUACAUCUUCCGUGAACGAGCAGAUGCAGAAAAUGGUGGAGAUCUUCCAGCUGAGCGAGAACGACACGAAAGCGAGGAACCUCUUCGUCCAGCUCCUGCAGGAGGUCUUCAUCGAGUUCCUGCCAGAUUGCCGGAUCGUACCUUUCGGCUCGUCCGUGAACACAUUCGGCGUCCACUCCUGUGACCUCGAUCUCGUCCUGGACCUGGAGGACGCCAAAGCUUUCCAGAAGCGCAGCAGGAAGUCUGAACAGACCGGAGAGAACCAGUCAGAGGACGGCCAGUCGGAGGACUCCAUCCUGUCCGACAUCGACCUGGCCACGGCCUCCACUGUGGAGCUGCUGGAGCUGGUGGCAGCUAUUUUAAGGAAGUGCACGCCAGGAGUACACAAGGUCCAGACGGUGAGCAGCGCACGUCUCCCCGUGGUCAAGUUCAGCUAUCGGCAGCUCAACCUGCAGGGGGACAUCACCAUCAACAACAGGUUGGCGGUGAGAAACACGCGAUUCCUCCAGCUGUGCUCAGCGCUGGACUCCAGAGUGCGUCCUCUCGUGUAUUCUGUACGAUUCUGGGCCAAACAGAAACAACUCGCAGGGAAUCCAUCGGGCAGCGGGCCACUGAUGAACAACUACGCUCUGACGCUGCUGGUCUUCUUCUACCUGCAGAGCGUCGCUCCACCUGUACUGCCUUCAGUGGAGCAGCUCAAGAACCUGGCGUGCGAGGAGGAGGAGUGUGUCAUCGACGGAUGGGACUGCACCUUCCCCAGCCAGCCGAUCAGCGUGCCUCCUAGUAAAAACACAGACGACCUGUGCACCUUACUUUUUGGUUUCUUUAAAUUCUACUCCAAUUUUGAUUUUCCCGGAUCGGUGGUGUCCGUGAGAGACGGCCGCACUCUUCCCAUCACGGAGUUUCAAACCAGAGAUGAGGAGAUGCCUGAUACUUCAGAGAGCUCAGACUCCACCAGAGAGAAACCCAGUGUACGCCCUAAACUGGGACCUGUAAACAUUCUGGACCCAUUUGAACUCCACCAUAACGUAGCUGGCAACAUCACCGAGCGAACGCACAAGAAUCUGAGCAGGGAAUUGUGCGAAGCGGAGAAGUACUGCCGGAGCCUGCAGUACCAGCGCAAGUCGUCCAAAGGCAAGUCCUGGGGUUUGGUCAAGCUUUUCGCACCUCGCAUCGAGGGUUCGCACGAUGUCACGGAAAAAGCCACGGAAGUCAUCAUCGCGUUCAGGGAAGCCAUUUUGACACAGUCUUUCCGCACAGAGCUGAGUUCUGCAGGCGAGGCAUUUCGAGUCGUUUGGUUCAAGAAGGUCCUCUCCAUAUUGGAAAUGGUUUUCAACAACAUUCUCAAGUGUACACCUUCUGACUAUGUCGAGAUCUGUCAAGAUCAGGCCAAGGAAGAGGAAGUGAACAAUAAUCUUGAGCUGACAUCUCAGUCUGGGAAAAAGAGACCCUUGUCCACGGAGGAGGCUCCAUCCUCGUCUUCCGCACCCCAAGGAAAGAGGAUGAGACUGGAACCUUCAGCAGAUUAUCCAGAGGAGGCUCACUGGACCUGGACACAGACACACCCGGUGUGGGCCGGGCGACGGAAGAUCCGAAGAGUUUUGCUAAAAACGAGUGACGAGGCCUCAAAGCCAGAGGGGGGCUGCAGCAGCAUCGAGAGCAGGGUGACGCAGUAUAUCAUUGACAACGACCCAAGCCCCAAGGAGAAGCUGGUGUUUAGGGUGGACGCGGUCCUGGCGGGGAGCGACGAGUGCACUAAGGCCGUGCUCAAGUUCAAAGCGACUGACGAUCCUGCGGGACAUUUUCAGGACUUUUUCCAUUUUCUCGAUACUUUUCUGACCAAGAUGGUGGAAACUUUGCUGGCGAAAUCCGAAUAAUAAUUUUCAUUUUUCUGAGUUUGUUCUUCCUGCACGUUUAUUUCACAAAUAAAAGAAAUGUGUUUGACCUUAACUUGAUUUGUACGCAGGACACAAAAGAUAACAGGAAAUAUUUGCCGUAGUUUGGUUGACUUCUGUUUUGUUUUUUUUUGGUUUUCUGCUCUUUAUUUGUAUGAUGUCCACUAAUGUUUUUGAACUUCAGUGUUUAUUCAAAGGUUUGAAAAAAGAAAUCGUGUUUUUUCGUUGUAGUAUAUUUUUGUUUUUGUAAGUGCAGGUUAUUAAACUUUAAGCUACCA